ACAAAACCAAAACCUCAAAAUUUCUCAAACCCAAGAAUUUGCUUAGAAUUUCCGAUGGCGAAAAAAGCAGUAUUAAUCGGAAUUAACUACCCAGGAACUAAAGCAGAACUCAAAGGCUGUAUCAACGAUGUUAAGCGAAUGUACAGUUGUUUAAUCAACCGUUUCGGAUUUUCUGAGGAAGAUAUUACUGUAUUAAUUGAUACUGAUGAUUCUUACACACAACCAACUGGUCGAAAUAUACGUAAAGCUUUGUCGGAUCUAGUAGGAUCUGCUGAAGAAGGUGAUUCUUUGUUUGUUCAUUACAGUGGACAUGGGACUAGACUUCCAGCUGAAACUGGUGAAGAAGAUGAUACUGGUUAUGAUGAGUGUAUUGUCCCUUGUGAUAUGAAUCUUAUUACAGAUGAUGAUUUUAGAGAGCUUGUGGACAAAGUUCCUGAAGGUUGCCGGAUCACAAUUGUAUCCGACUCAUGCCACAGCGGCGGCCUCAUUGACAAAGCUAAAGAGCAGAUAGGGGAGAGCCACAAGCAAGGCGACGAUGAAAACGAAGGCCAUGGAUCUGGUUUUGGAUUCAAGAAGUUCUUACGUCGAAGUGUUGAAGACGCAUUUGAAUCCCGGGGUAUCCAAUUUCCACACCGCCACGACCGACGCGGGGAAGAAGAGGAGAGUUUUGUCGAGAGUAGCGUGAUUGAGACGGAAGAUGGGGAUCAAGUCCAUGUGAAGAACAAAUCGUUGCCUCUUUCCACCCUCAUUGAAAUACUUAAGCAGAAAACAGGCAAAGAUGACAUUGAUGUCGGGAAACUUAGGCCAACGCUUUUUGAUGUCUUUGGAGAAGAUGCAAGUCCUAAGGUGAAGAAAUUCAUGAAGGUCAUUUUCAACAAACUACAGCACGGUAACGGGGAGGGUGAAAGUGGUGGUUUCUUGGGUAUGGUUGGUAACUUGGCUCAAGAAUUUCUGAAACAGAAACUUGACGAAAAUGAUGAGAGCUAUGCAAAACCUGCAAUGGAAACACACGUUGAAGGCAAGCAAGAGGUUUAUGCCGGUUCAGCAAGUAGAGGUCUUCCAGACAGUGGCAUUCUCGUCAGUGGGUGCCAAACGGACCAAACAUCUGCAGAUGCUACCCCUGCAGGCGGAGACUCUUAUGGUGCUCUAAGCAACGUGAUUCAGGAAAUCCUGGCCGAAUCAGAUGGUCCAAUCACCAAUGAGGAAGUUGUUAGCAAGGCUAGAAAGAAGCUGCAGAAACAAGGCUACACACAACGCCCAGGCCUUUACUGCAGUGAUCAUCACGUUGAUGCUCCUUUUGUGUGCUAAUUCUGCAGUACGUUUUCAGGUUGCUGUCGAAACACAAGUCUGGUGUUAAUCAGUGUUAUAAAACAAUAUAUCCCUUUUGUAUCUGUGGUUUAUUUGUGCUAAUGUUGCAGUAACUCUUCAUAUUUGAUCUUAUGAGGUAUUAUAGAACGGUCUCUAUCAUUUGGAUGUGUGGUUAUUUGGCCUUUUUUUAUUUUUUUAUUUUUAAAUAGUUUGGCCAGGAAAUAAGGUGUAAAAGAUCCGCGGUUUGUAUUGUUGGGAAACUCUUUUAACUCUGGAGAUUAUUUGUAUACUGAAUGUGGUAUAAUUUAAGCA